UUGUUGCUUUAUAUUUAGAGUCAGAGAGUGGAGUCUCCAUUUCCUGUUUCAAGGUGUACACUAUGCAAAUACAUCAUCUGACUCUGAAUGUUUCAUCGGGGGACAUAACCAAAGAAAACACAGAUGCAAUUGUCAACUCCUCAAAUAAGGAAUUUACUUUAAAAUCAGGGGUAUCCAAGGCAAUUUUAGAUGGUGCUGGAUUACAAGUAGAACAGGAAUUAUUAGAAAAGGCUGGAAAAGCAAAUGAUCAGCAAAGAGAGAUUGUGACCUCUUCUGGCAAUCUCCCAUGUGAAGAAAUCAUACACAUUGUUGGAAGUAGAAGUCCAGCUGAUAUUCAGCUAAAAGUUUUGUCCGUUCUGAUGCUAUGUGAGAAUCGGAAAUUGACCUCUGUUGCCUUCCCUGCUCUAGGCACAGGUCAAGGUGGUCUUAAUCCAGCUGAUGUUGCAGAUGCAAUGAUCAGCGCAGUUGUUGAAUUUGCAAGCAAAAAAACUGAUCAUGUCAAAAAUGUGGAGUUCCUUAUAUUCCAAUCAAGUAUGUUGGCUGACUUUCAUCAAAGCAUGCUAAAAAUCACCAAGUCAAAGAAAAGAUUGAGCAGCAGAAUUAAAGCCAUUGCUCGUUUCAGCAAAAAGGAAUUAAAAAUGCUAAAGAAAAUGAAAAAGGAGCUCAAAGUAAAUGUCAUAAUUGAGAAGAAAGAACAAGACUCCUUCAUCACUGUAAAGGGCCUGACAUCAUUUGUUUACACUGCAGAAAGUCGCAUUCCGGACAUUAUCCGCAAAGUGGAAAAGAUUGAAAACCGAAAAAGGGUGGCAAUAUUGAACAGCAGCACAGUUGAGUGGCAAUAA